UUAUUGUUUUUUUGACAGUUUUGUAGAUUUGGCUUGGCAACACUGACUGUUAGUUAGUGAACAAAAAAUAAUUCGCUGUGUAAUCGUCAGUGACAUGAUUUUGUGUUUUUACUACAAAAUAUCUUUUAAAGAAUAAUUAACUGAAAUGGGCCAGAAUCAAUCUGGAGGUGGUAGCGGCGGCGACAAAAAAGAUGACAAGGAUAAAAAGAAGAAAUAUGAACCUCCAAUUCCUACUAGAGUGGGCAAGAAAAAGCGCAAAGCAAAGGGACCUGAUGCAGCCCUGAAAUUGCCCCAAGUCACCCCUCAUACAAGAUGUCGUCUAAAGUUAUUGAAAUUAGAAAGAAUAAAGGAUUAUCUGUUGAUGGAAGAAGAAUUUAUCCGUAAUCAAGAAAGACUAAAGCCCCAAGAAGAAAAGAUAGAAGAAGAAAGGUCGAAGGUUGAUGACCUAAGAGGAACACCAAUGUCUGUGGGUAAUCUUGAGGAGAUUAUUGAUGAUAACCACGCCAUUGUGUCUACUUCCGUAGGAAGUGAACAUUAUGUGAGCAUCUUGUCUUUUGUGGAUAAAGACCAACUGGAGCCAGGCUGCUCUGUCCUUCUUAAUCAUAAGGUUCAUGCUGUGGUGGGUGUGUUAGGUGAUGACACGGACCCCAUGGUGUCUGUAAUGAAGCUAGAGAAAGCUCCACAAGAGACUUAUGCUGAUAUUGGUGGACUAGAUACUCAGAUUCAGGAAAUAAAGGAAUCAGUGGAAUUGCCACUGACCCAUCCUGAAUACUACGAAGAGAUGGGCAUCAAGCCACCCAAGGGUGUCAUUCUGUAUGGACCUCCUGGAACAGGCAAGACCCUGCUGGCCAAGGCCGUUGCCAAUCAGACUUCUGCCACAUUCUUGCGUGUUGUGGGGUCUGAGCUUAUUCAGAAAUAUUUGGGUGAUGGACCAAAGUUAGUCCGUGAGUUAUUCCGGGUAGCUGAAGAACAUGCGCCAUCUAUUGUUUUCAUUGAUGAAAUAGAUGCCGUAGGUACUAAACGGUAUGAUUCCAAUUCUGGAGGAGAGCGGGAAAUACAAAGAACUAUGUUGGAGCUCCUCAAUCAAUUGGAUGGCUUUGACUCUCGUGGUGAUGUCAAAGUUAUUAUGGCAACCAAUCGUAUCGAAACCCUAGACCCGGCUCUGAUCCGCCCUGGCCGAAUCGACCGCAAGAUAGAGUUCCCGCUGCCUGAUGAGAAGACCAAGAGGCGGAUCUUCACCAUUCACACAUCAAGAAUGACGCUGGCUGACGAUGUCAACUUAUCAGAACUGAUCAUGUCUAAAGAUGAUCUAUCUGGUGCUGAUAUAAAGGCCAUUUGCACCGAAGCUGGUUUAAUGGCUCUACGUGAGCGGCGCAUGAAAGUCACUAAUGAAGACUUCAAAAAAUCCAAGGAGAGUGUUCUCUAUAGAAAAAAGGAGGGAACACCUGAAGGAUUAUAUCUUUAAAAAUUGUAUUGUCACUUUUUCAAUUUAAUUUGAAAUAUAUUUCUCUUAUGAAAUAUUUAGACUCAUAGGUCUGGAUUCUGGCUAUAGAAAAGUAGAGAUAUAUUUCAAAAAGCAAGUAUGUAACAAAUCUUUUAUUAUAAUUAAAGAUAAUCCACUACCUAUAUAA